ACCUGCUCGGGCUCGGCGGGGCGGCAGCAGAACCGAGCGCAGCCGAGCCUCAGCCGCUGCUCGCCGGCUCUGGGAGGGCUCCUUCCUCCCGCGUCCCGCCGGGAAAGCGCGGGGGCGCGGCUCAUCCCACCGCGGAGCCGCCGAGGGAACUUGUCCAACUUUCUCCGUGCCGGGUCCCGGCACUCUCUGCCAUGGCCCCCGGCAACUCUUCCCGCAACUUCUCGGUGCCGGAGGUUCAGAACGGCUCGGUAGCAGAGAAGCCAGCACCACACACCAAUGUGAUCAUGCCCAGUCUCUUCAGCAUCAUCUGCUUCCUGGGCAUCAUGGGGAACCUCAUUGUGAUCUUCACUAUCGUCAAGAAGAAGAAGCUGAGAUGCAAACAGACCGUGCCUGAUAUUUUCAUCUUCAACCUCUCUAUCGUGGACCUCCUCUUCCUCUUGGGCAUGCCCUUCCUCAUCCACCAGCUCUUAGGCAAUGGCUCGUGGUACUUUGGAGCUCCCCUGUGCACCAUCAUCACUGCCCUGGACACCAACAGCCAGAUCACCAGCACCAACAUCCUCACCGUGAUGACACUGGACCGUUACCUGGCCACUGUCUACCCCCUCAAAUCCACCUACGUGCGGACGCCGUGUGUUGCGGCUCUCGUCAUCUGCCUGGUGUGGCUCCUGUCCUUCCUGACCAUCAUCCCCGUGUGGAUGUACGCAGGCCUCAUGCCUCUGGAGGACGGGACUGUGCGCUGUGCUCUCCUGCUCCCCAACCCAGAGACCGACAUCUACUGGUUCACCCUCUACCAGUUCAUGCUGGCCUUUGCUGUGCCCUUGGUCAUCAUCUGCGUGGUCUAUUUCAAGAUCCUCCAGCACAUGGCCACCACCGUGGUCCCGCUGCCGCAGAGGAGUCUCCAGGUGCGUACGAAGAAGGUCACCCGAAUGGCAGUCGCCAUCUGUUCUGCCUUUUUUAUUUGCUGGGCUCCCUUCUACAUCCUCCAGCUUGUUCACCUGGGCAUCGACACCCCAUCCAUGGCCUUCUUUUAUGCCUACAACUUUGCCAUUAGCUUGGGCUAUGCCAACAGCUGCCUCAACCCCUUCCUCUACAUCGCCCUCAGCGAGACCUUCAAGCGCCAGUUCUUGGUGGCCAUUCGCCCCGCCAAAGAGCCCUGUCGCAACAGCAGCUCUGCCAACAACAACAGCAUGACAGAGGCCAGUGUGUGCCUGAAGCUGGCGCCAGAAUCCACCCAGCAGACUCAGUUUCAGGAGGACUUUUCCCCACGCUCACUGCCGGUGACUGUGGCUGUUCACUAGGGCACUCUGAAGGGAGGGCAGCAGAAAGCCUCUGGAUGUGUGAUUUGAUGGAGGAGCAGCAGCUUCAGGCAGGUCUUGGAGAUGCCUACGGACUACAGACUUCCACCUCCAAAAUGCAGGUGCCUCUCUUUUCCAUUACUCUGUUCCUGAACUGCUCCCAGCCUAUGAGAUGCUGUGUGCUGCCGCUUUUCACCCUGCACAGGAGGACUCUGCCACCACUGGGCCCCCAGAGAAGAUGAAUGGAAAAGAGAGAAAGGACAGAAAGAGGAUUUCCGGGGGGAAUAUUCACCCUACAAGAGUAAAACCUCUAUCAACACUGCCCAACAAUUCCUCACCUCUUGGCCCAACCAAGGUUCCUAAGCAGCUGGUCAACAAACAGCUUCUUCAUUCAAAACUUGAACCUUUGAACCACAAUGUCAUAUAUUUAUUUUUUUAUAAGUAAUCUGCAGAAUUUGCUAGCUGUGCUGAUAUCCUAGAAGCACACAGCAGAAAGAUCUUGGGGACGGAAGCCUCACCCAGCCCUGUUGCUUGGCUUUUCAGUCCAGCCCCAUCUGCCUCCAGUGGGUUGUAUUGUUUGGCAACCAAAACAUUUCAAGAACUGGCUCAUUUUGAUGCUAAUCCUAAAUAUUUCAAGCAAAAUAAGACACAUAACAAUCACACUGCUUCAAGGGACUGCAAAGAAUUCUCAAAACUGCUGCUGCUAAUAUCAGCUUUGUAGUUUUUCAUGCCAAUGAGCAGAUUUUCACAGUGCUAGCUCUUCAUGCUGCUCUUGUGCCUCACAGUCUGCAUGGCCAUUGGGGAACCCCCAGCAGAGGGUUUUAAGCAGGACUAAAAAUCACAAUCUGUGGAGCAAGAAGCUGUGAAAAAGCAGCUCAGGGGAAGCAGAGUUGCUUAUGCAGCUUCCUCAAAAAAUAACAAAUACUUUACACAAAGUUAAAAGAGGGAAAAUUAAAUGUCUGUGCGUUGUAUAUGCAGCUUUAACAGUCGGAGGUUAGGAAGUAACUCUGCUCUUUAUAAAGUAGAGAAAAGACAGCAGAGAUCAGCUCAAAGUGGGGAUUACACCGACAGCCUGUGCCGGGCUCCACAGGGACCACACAGGCAUUGUUCAGCACUUUGUCAGACAUGGAGGGACUGGUUACUGUAGAUGAAUUUAAUUUAAAGAAUUAAAAAGAUCAAACAGUCCAAAGGAAUUUGUUAUACCACACUUAGGGUUUCAUGCCACCAGCCACCCAUGAUAUGCUGAGAACAGAAUUUCACCCUUACUCAGCUCCAAAGCAAAACUGUGUCACCUGCACAGGAUGUCCUAAGCCACACACACACACUCACAGGUGCACCUAAUGCAGCCACAUCACACUGGUAAGUGCAUUCAAGUACAGCCAGUAUUUCAGCCUACACCCUGUAGAGAGCACACAGGCAUUCACUCACCUCUGGUGAUCAAAGCAGUCAGGUGUGCAACACCAGCACCUCUGACACCAUCAGAUGCAGCACGUUGCUCUCUGAGUCAUUGUACAAACCUCAGGACAGGGUCUCUCUGUAUUUUCUUCCAGGCUCUGUCAAAACCAGCACAUCCAGACUGUGACUGAGAUUAUCUUGUGGAUGUUUCGCCUGCAUUUCCCCAGCCAACAAAGCCAGACACCUGCAGAAAUGUCAAGCUUUAUGGCUCAAAAGUUUUUUGCUCCGUUUUAACUGCCAGGAAUUUUCACCUGCUGUUUUUCAUGCAGCUGCUUUGCUCUUUGGUCAGUGCUCUCCCUGAAGGGCUCGGAUGGAGCGAAGGUCGAGGAGGAUGUGUGCUGUGCCAGCCAGACUUGCCCUCGGGACAAGGGAAGCUAUUGUGUUACCUUUCUCCCAUGAGGCAGGGAAGGGAAGAACUGGCACACUUUUCUGGGAAAGGAGGUGGUAAUGACUGGGUGGGUGUUUCUUCCUCUAGUGCCAGCCAUAAGGAAAGUAUGAGAAGUGAAAACAGCCUGAGUUAUCAGGGCUCUCUCAGAGAGCAGUACAUUGAAGAUAUUAUCUCGCUUACACAGU